AUGGUUAACACGCUUCCCUUCCGCGACAUUCAAGUCGCCUCGCCCGGCUUCGGUGCCAUGGGCCUGAGCUUCGGUCUUGGCACCAAUUUGAGCCUGGAGGAGGCCGAGCCGGUGCUGUUGAAGGCUAUUGAGCUGGGAUGUACGUUCUGGGAUACUGCAGUUGUCUACCAAGCCGGUGUGAACGAGAAGCUCCUCGGAGACUUCAUCCGGAAGCAUAACGUUCGCGACAAAGUUUUCAUUGCUUCCAAGUGUGGCUUCGACGUCUUCGGAGAAGGUGGCGUCACCAACUCCGCCUCGCAUAUCAAGGAGUACAUCGAAGGCACAAUUGAGCGAUUGGGCUUCACUCCGGACUUGUACUACCUACACCGCAUUGAUCCUAACACCCCUCUUGAGGAGUCCAUCCCAGCCUUAGAUGAAAUCCGCAAGGCCGGAAAGACCAAAUACAUCGGACUUUCUGAGUGUUCGGCUGCCACUCUGCGGAAGGCCAAUUCUAUUGCCCCGAUCGACGCCGUCCAAGCCGAGUACUCCGCCUUCGAGACACUGCACGAGACAGACGGCCUGAUCGAUACAGCCAAGGAGCUGGGCAUUGCCUAUGUUGCCUACAGCCCUCUCGGUCACGGCUGGCUGGUCGAUGACUUUCAGUAUAAAUCCCCCGAGGACUUUGCGCCCGACGAUUUCCGACGAAAGAUUCCCAAAUUCCAAGGCGAGAACUUCUACAAGAACCGCGCCAUUGUGGACGAGAUCAAGAAGCUCGCAGUCCGCAAGGGUUGCUCGAUCACGCAGAUCGCACUGGCCUGGGUGGCCGCGCAAGGCAUGAUUGCCAUCCCGGGAACUACCAAGGCUGCUCGACUAGAGCAGAACUGGGCGUCGAGGAAUGUGGAGUUUACUGAGGAAGAGAAGAAGGAAAUGCGGAGGAUCAUCGACGCCGCCAAGCCGCAGGGGAACCGAUAUGCUCCUGCUCAGCAGGCGAUGGUGGGGCAUUAAGGCUGCUUUCGUCAGUGCAUAGAUUAGCG